AUGGCGGAACAACAGAGGCCACGGGCAAAUAUUGAUUAUAAAAUAUUGAACAACUUAUGUUCUGCUGAUUUAUUCCAUCGAUCUGUUCACAAGCAGAGGAAAAUUUAUAAAGUGGAGAGAAUUAUAUCUAAACGGCAAGGGAAAGAGGUAUAAUCUGUUUAAAUUAUUAUAAAUAUGAAGGAGAACUGGCCUUCGUGGACGUGUAGUUGGGAACCUGCAGGACAUUUGAAUGAUUGUGCAAUUAGGAGUUACACCGAACCAAAUAUAACCAAAUCUCGGUUAGAUGCAGCAGCUGCAACUUUUGUCGAAGCUGUUCUUGGUAUUUUGAAGUCCAAGUCAUGCCGUGCCAACUUCAUUACAAAAGUUCCAAUAGACAACGAUAUCAUUAGAUAUGUGUUCAGGAAUAAGGGGAUCAGUGCUAGUGCUUGCUAUAUGCUGUAUGAAAAAGAGGAUUUUUCAAGAUUCUGCUUGCCUCCAUUUUGGGACUAUUAUCUAGAUGAAUUGGGCCAGGGUGUCGCAGUGGAUUUUCCAGUUAAAUUGAAGCCUAUACUAAAAUUUCACCCAAAGCGUUAUAUUGUUGGUAACAAAGGGGCCCUUGAAAAGGGGCCUCUAAUACCCUUAGAAAAGAUAUCAAUGUCUGUCAACAGGAAAGCAGCCUCUAUAGCAGAAACAUAA